CUCCCUCCCGAUGCUCGCCCGCUGUCAGGGAGCCGGGAAAAGCUUGGGAUCAAGACCGGGAUUUGGGAUAGGAGCUCCCAGUGCCGCUGGCCGCCUCCCGCCCAUGCCCGGGAGCGGGGAGCGGGGCAGCCGGCGAUUCCAUGGCCCUUCCCAGCGGGAUUCUCCUGGCCUGCUCCCUCUGCCUCCUGCCCGGAAUCGGUGACUCCUUCAACCUGGACACCAAGAGCCCCCGGAUCAUCGCGGGAUCCAGGGAAGCUUUCUUUGGAUACACGGUGCAGCAGCACGACAUCGGCGGGAAGAAAUGGCUGGUGGUGGGAGCUCCGUACGAAUCCAACGGGCAGCAGAAGACCGGAGAUGUCUACAAGUGUCCGGUGCCAAGGGAYGGCCCCAGCAACUGCACCAAGCUCAACUUGGGGCGGGUGACACUGUCCAACGUGUCCGAGCGCAAGGACAACAUGAGGCUGGGGCUGAGCCUGGCCACCAACCCYCGCGACAGCAGCGUCCUGGGAUGCCAGACCUACAUGGACAUCAUCAUCGUCCUGGAUGGAUCCAACAGCAUUUAUCCRUGGGUUGAAGUCCAGCACUUCCUGAUAAAUAUCCUGAAAAAGUUCUACAUUGGCCCUGGACAGAUCCAGGUGGGAGUUGUCCAGUACGGAGAGGACGUGGUCCACGAGUUCCACCUCAAYGACUACAGGUCGGUGCAGGAGGUGGUGGCAGCCGCCAGCCACAUCGAGCAGCGUGGUGGCACCGAGACCAGGACCGCCUACGGCAUCGAGUUCGCUCGCUCGGAAGCGUUCCGGAAGGGCGGCCGCAAAGGGGCCAAGAGGGUCAUGAUCGUCAUCACRGACGGAGAGUCCCACGACAGCCCCGACCUGGAGAAGGUGAUCGAGGACAGCGAGAGGGACAAUGUCACCCGAUACGCCGUGGCGGUGCUGGGUUAUUACAACCGGCGGGGAAUCAACCCCGAGGCCUUUCUGAACGAGAUCAARUUCAUCGCCAGCGACCCUGACGACAAACACUUCUUCAACGUCACCGACGAGGCCGCGCUCAAGGACAUCGUGGAUGCACUGGGAGAACGGAUUUUCAGCCUGGAAGGAACCAACAAGAACGAGAUCUCCUUCGGACUGGAAAUGUCCCAGACGGGAUUUUCAUCCCACGUUGUGGAAGAUGGGAUCCUGCUGGGAGCUGUGGGAGCCUACGACUGGAAUGGAGCUGUCCUGAAGGAAACCAGCAGCGGGAAGGUCAUUCCCUUACGGGAAUCGUACCUGCAGGAAUUCCCGGAGGAGCUGAAAAACCACGGAGCGUACUUAGGUUACACUGUCUCCUCUGUUGUUUCCACGGAGCACGAGCGGAUUUACGUGGCGGGAGCGCCGCGGUUCAACCACACGGGCAAAGUCAUCCUGUUCAGCAUGCACAGCAACCGCAACCUCACCAUCCACCAGGCCCUCAAGGGCGAGCAGAUCGGCUCCUACUACGGCAGCGAGAUCAGCGCCCUGGACGUGAACGGCGAUGGUGUCACCGAUGUCCUGCUGGUGGCGGCGCCCAUGUUCUUCAGCGAGGGCCGCGAGCGGGGCCGCGUUUACGUCUACGCCCUGCAYGGGAACCUCUUCAUUCCCAGCGGAGCCCUCGUGGACCUGCCGAGUUACCAGAAUUCCCGUUUCGGCUCCUGCAUCGCCGCCGUUCCUGACCUCAACCAGGAUUCCUACAACGACCUGGUGGUYGGGGCCCCUCUGGAGGACGAGCACCAAGGAGCCAUUUACGUUUUCCUUGGAUUUCGGGAGACCAUCCUGAAGAAGUACAAGCAGAGGAUCGCGGCCGCCGACCUCGCUCCGGGCCUGAUGUAUUUUGGCUGCAGCAUCCACGGGCAGCUGGACCUGAACGAGGACGGACUCGUGGACGUGGCCGUGGGCUCCCUGGGCAGCGCCGUGGUGCUCUGGUCCCGCAGCGUGGUCCRGAUCAACGCCAGCCUCCGCUUUGAACCCCCCAAGAUCAACAUCUUCUCCAAGGACUGCCGGCGCAACGGGAAGGAGGCCRCCUGCCUGAGGGCCUUCGUCUGCUUCACCGCCCUCUUCCUCUCCGCCCGCUUCCAGACUGCCAGCGUGGGGCUCAGGUACACCACGACCAUCGAUGAGCGGCGCUACUCGCCACGGGCGCACCUGGACGGCGGCGGAGACCGCGCGGUGCCGAGGACAAUGACACUGCCCGCGGGCCAGGAGCUGUGCCACACCCUGCCCUUCCACGUCCUGGACACGGCGGAUUCCGUGAAGCCGGUGACAUUCUCCAUUGACUUCGAGCUGGAGGACCCCGAGCACGGCCCCAUGCUGGAGGACGGAUGGCCCACCUCGCUCAGGGCCGCUGUCCCCUUCUGGAACGGCUGCAGUGAGGACGAGCACUGUGUCCCCGACCUGGUGCUGGACGCCAGAAGUGACAUUCCCAGUGCCAUGGAAUUCUGCCGGAGGGCGCUGCGGAGGGGCGACUGCUCAGCCUUCAGCCUCUCCUUUGACGCCUCCGUCUUCGUCAUCGAGAGCAGCAGGAGAAGGGUGGCCGUGGAGGCGACGCUGGAAAACCACGGGGAAAACGCCUACAACACCAUCCUCAACAUCUCCUUCUCCAGGAACCUGCAGUUCGCCAGCCUGAUCCCCAAGGACGACGCGGAUGUCGGCAUUGACUGCGCCGCUGAUGACCGCCACCCAAAUUCCCGCAAAUCCUCCUCUCUGCCUGGGAGGGCGCUGAUCGGCCCCGGAGCGAUCGGGAAUGGUGUCACCCGAAACGCUCUGGGGCCGGAGUUUGGGAUUUUUUUUCUCGCUGACGUUUUUCCCGAUUUGUUUCCCUUUCCACAGGUCGCUUUCCGCCUGGAUUUUGAGUUCAGCAAGUCCGUGUUCCUGCAGAGCAUGGAGAUCCACAUGGUCGCCAGCAGUGACAGYGAGGAGGAGGAGAGCACCAGGGAGGACAAUGUCGCCCACCUCAACUUCCAGCUGAAGUACGAGGCCGACCUGCUCUUCACCAGGACCUCGAGCCUGGACCAUUACGAGAUCCGAGCCAACAAUUCCCUGGAAAGAUCCAACGGYGCCGGGCCCCCCUUCCACUGCACCUUCACGCUGCAGAACCUGGGAUUCUUCCCGGUGGCSGGGCUGACCCUCCGGCUGACCAUGCCCGUGGCCACCCGCGGGGGCAACCGCCUGCUGCUGCUGACGGAAUUCCGGCCCGAGCAGGAAAACACGCCCUGCAGCAUCUGGGGGAACACCACGGACUAUCGGAGGAGCCCGGCUGAGGAGGACCUGUCCCGCACCCCACACCUGAACCACAGCAACUCRGACGUGGUUUCCAUCGAGUGUGAGGUGGAGUUGGCCCCCGGUGAGGAGCUGAAGCUGCACCUCCAUGGGAAUCUGUGGAUGAAGUCUCUGAGAGCACUGAAGUUCAAGGCACUGAAGCUCACCAUGAACGCCGCGCUCCAGCGGCGCUUCCGGAGCCCCUUCAUCUUCCGCGAGGAGGAUCCCAGCCGCCAGAUCACGUUUGAGAUCUCCAAGCCCGAGGAGUCRCACAUUCCCAUCUGGAUCAUCCUGGGAAGCACCUUUGGAGGGCUCCUGCUCCUGGCCCUCCUCGUCCUGGCGCUCUGGAAGCUCGGGUUCUUCAAGAGCGGGAGCCGGCGGCGAGCGGCGGAGCGGGAGCAGAAUUCCCAAGGGAUGGAGUGACRCUGCGGGGGCCAGGAGCCCCUCAUGCCCCCUCCCAGCCCGGGAUUCCUGGGAUCCCGAGGAAUUUGGAGCUGAGCUUGGCUUUGCAGCGGGAUGAGAGCCAAAAGCCAUCAAAACCCCUCAAACCACCCCMAAAAUUCCCCAAAGUCUCCUCGGAGGAGCUUCCAGCUGGGAUUCCAAGGCAGCAGCAGCGUGGCUGAGGUGUGCCCAACACGGGGCUGCAAAACUCCUGAAAACAAUAAAAAUAUCCCAAAAAAUCCCACAGAUCGCUCCUUCCCAUGGCGGGGCCGGAGCAAAUCCCAGGCUCUGCUGGCCACGGCUCUCAAACUGCCUUCGUUAAGAGGAGUAAUUAAGUGGAGGCGUUAAUUAGUCUGAAUGCACUGAACRGAACGAUCGUGAUUUCAAGCACCUUAAUGCCCAUCUCCAGUGUCCAGCUGUACAUAAUUGUUCUAAAAACAGGAAGGAGAAAAGGAGAAUGGAAAAUUCUGGGAAAAAAUUCCCAGGAAAAAAAAAAUAAAGUCAAAAUAAAUUAAAAGUUGUUACAAAAAAUCAAUUAAAAGCAGUUUGAUGAGUUUUCUCCCAGCAGAGCAGUUUGGGGAGCUCGUGGCCGUGGCGAGGGCCCCCACCUGUAUCAUAGCUGUACAUACAUGGUGCCAUGGAAAUCAUGGAAUUCGAGGGGCAGGAAUGUGCCCCUGGCAUAGCAGAAUUAUUUAUGCUAAUAUUAAUUUUAUGGAGAGGAGGGAAGAGGAUGUUUCUGAAUGCGGGAUGAGGUUUGGGAAAUACUGUCCUGGUGUUUUUGAAGGAUUAAAGAUACGGUAUUUUAAAAAUUCACAGUGUCUGUUCCCUUCUUCCAUGGGUGUGAGGGGUCUGUGCUCCCAUCCCUYUGUGAGUCAGGGGAUGGGAUAGCAUUCCAGCCCAGGUACCAUGGGUAGCAUGGGGUUCCAGCCCAAUUUAGGAUGRGAUUCUAUCCUAUUCUAUCCCAGUUCCAUCCCAGUUUGUGACUUUUCCCCAUCAUUUGUUCCUGUGGGAUGUGAGGGUUUUCCAGCCUGUUUUAAAGGAGGAUGAAGCCUCUGGGAGUCCCAAACUUGGUAUCAAAUGCAGGGAAAAAAAUCCCAAAUMAUAUUUUCCAUUCUCAGCUGGAGCGGGAAUCCUCCAUGUCCAAGUUGUYGGUGGACUGGGAGCUCCGUGGUCCCGCUGGGGGGCAGGGAUACCYCAGAGAGCCCAAAUCCCAGGAUUCCUCAGCUCUGGGUGGAUCCCACAGGGUACCUCCUUCCUUUCCUCCUUUCCAGGCUUUGAAUCCCGGAACACAGAGGGAAUCAGCUGGAGAACAGCCAGGAACRGGCAGGAUCCUUCUGUGGGAUGUUCCUUGGGAUUGGGUGGGUGCAUGUCUGGAGCAAGACAACACCUGCCUGUGCAGAUAGGAUUAUUUUUAYAUAAAU